AUACUUAUUGUCAGAUCGACCAUGUUGUCGUCCGUCUGAAAUCAUUCCCGUCUUUUGAGUAGUAUUUCUGACUUACUAUCCUUUUCAUUUGAAGUUGUUCGACACAGUCGGCCCCUUUGGCAUACUUGGUGACGUCCUGAGUCUUAAGUACAUAUGCUGGGUCGGUGCUUUCCGUUGUCAAUUGAGUGUGGCGAUUUUAACCGACCGGGUGUUCUAUACAUGUAGACUUCUUGCCUCCCUUGUGUGUUGCUGACAACGCUGUCAAAGCUGCCCUGAGUACAGCUAACCAUGACUACCGUAGAAAAGGAAACGCCAGAAGUGUCCAACUCUUCCAUUGAAAGUGGCAACUCUUCGAGUGACAGCUCCAGUGAUGACGAACUGUCCUCACCACGAUUUGAGCAUCAGUCUAAGAGACGUGGAAGUAGCAGGGAUGACUUGGCCAACGUUCUGAAGUCUGUCAAUGCAAUGACAGGACCACCUACGCCUACGGUGAUCCAUGUCCAAGCGGAAAACGCCCAAGUCGGGAACGACAACAUCUUGUACAAAGACAAAAAGAGACACAAACCAGGAAGGUCCAGUGAGUCCGAACCUGGCUGCACGAAGAGUCGAGGGGACGAGUUGCCGAUUUUGGUGUACACUGUGCUCAGUUUGAUGUGUCACAUGGCUCCAAAUACCGCAAUACCAGUUUGGUUUUUCCUACAUCUCAUUGACGACUGUAAAGAAUUGGUUGAGGAGAAAGGGUCCGGAUACAAUGAGAUGAUUACAAAUGAGCUAGGUCUGUCAGAGUUUGAUCCAUUCGUCGCUAAAAACGGUGGGAAAACGUUCAUGAUUAACAAGCGACAAUGCGAUGAUCUACAGAAUUCCCUCUUCCACAGCAUUGCCCCUCGGAAACGUGCAUUGAUUGAGCUGGGUAAAAUCUACGCUAAAACUUUUCAUGAGUGCGACAACAAAGAAUGGGAGAAACAAAAAUCUAUGCUUCCUCAUCUGCGCCUUUUCUGGUUUCGGCAUGUUAAGAAAUACAAUCUUUCGGAAAACAUGCCUUUUGGUUUCAUGGUGGCUUCUAUCCGAAUGAUGGGGAAAUACAUGGAUGGUGAUUAUAGAAGUCGCGUAGAAAAACUCGCAGACGACUGUCUGAGCCUUAGCAAGAGCCCCACAGAAAAGGAAAAGGCGCAUCGAGCUCUUGGUGAAAUUCGAAAGAAGUUAGGCCAGUAUGACGCAGCUGAGAAAGCCUUGAAAGCAGCUGUGCAGAUUCGAAGGGAGUUGUCAGGCAGUGAGCAAGGUCUUAAAGAAUCGUUAGAGUAUCAAGGUCAUAUGCUUUGGUUAGCUAAAGUUGCCACAGAGCGCGGACAGUUCAAUGAGUCUCUGAAAAUCCUCGAAGGGUGUCUACAGUGCAGCGCGAUGCACGAUGAAAAUGUGCAAAAUCUUCUGGCAUCUGUUGUCUUCGAACAAGGUCGGUGUUAUGAGAAGUUGGGGAAAUUUGACGACGCGUUUCCGUGCUAUGACAAGGCGCUGAAGGCGCAUUCCAACAACCUUAAAGACAGAGGAGGGUACAGGUACCCACAGUACCUGCUCAAACGAGCCCAUAUGUUAGCCUUGAUCUCGCACGGUACCAGUACCGUCUCGAGCGCUGAGGUCCUUCUUGAGGCAAUAGCGAACUGUGACGAAGCCGAUUGUAUUCUUUCCCGACGUCACGGUAGAAAACACAACUACAGAGCACUGCACUUCUGUAUCCGUGCCAGGCUGUACAUCAAACAGCGCAAGUUUGGUUUGGCUCAGGAAUUUGCCCAAGACGCGCUGCGCAUCGUGGUCGAAACUUACGGAAAGAAGCACAACAAAGUCGGUGACGCGCUUCUCAUAUUGGGCGAGAUCUGGACAAAUAAAGAGAAUAAAGACAGAGACAACGUUCGUGCAUUUAAAGCGUAUCAUUUCGCCUUAGCGUGCUUCGAGGGUGACCACCCUUGCAUCAAUGACCUCCGAGACAGAAUGAGUGAACUAAAAGAUAAGUUGGGGGAAACUGAAGUUUCUUUGCUUGACGACGAUGAUUUUGAAAAUUUGAUUGGUCCCAGCAAUUAGGUACCAACAUGUACUGUGUCCUCAUUUUACGGCCAUUGUCUAAAUUAAGUCCCAUUUUCGUGCUUAGUCCAACAAACAUACUUCUUCGUCGCGGACCUUUUAGUUGUGUGCACAUAAAACAAAAGCCUUUCUUUCUCUUACACUGGUAUUGCGAUUUGCGGUCAUGUGCAACAUAAAAAUUGUAACAAAUGAGCGCAAGCGAAAGAUCACUAGAUAUUGCCUGUACAUGACAUCAUGCGGGACGAUACUAGUCCUAGAUAUCCUUCUCUCGUGUGGUUGUUGUCAUUAGAGAAAGGAAGUCGUAAUGAUAUUUUAUAAUACUAGUAGAUCAAUAUUGAAUGGCAGGGAUGCUUUGUCCGAUUCUUGAUUUUCAUCACAUAUGUGUAUAUGGUGAUAUAUGUCUCAUUUUUAUGCCUGUACAUAUUUUUAUAUGUUAUAAACUACUUGUGACCAUAAGUCAUCAUUCCUCAACUGGAAGGUAUUGCUAUAGAAUGCUAUGUGAUAUAGAAAGUGGAAUGUGAUUGGAUAUAAGCUAGCCGCUUCAUUGUAUCUGUUUCACAUUGAAUAUAUGAAACUGUACUUGCUCACAUCACGCAACGAUGUAAAUAACUGUAAGUAUUUGUAUGUGUUACGUCUUGUGUACUUUUAUAUAUGUCCAGGAAGAUUAGCAGUGUACAAUAAUACUUUUUGUAUCUCAGCUAAUGGACAAAUAAAGCCUCUCUCUCA